AUGAUCAUUUUCAUUGGAGAGUCUUAACCAAUGUACGCCAUGCUUGUUUAGCCUUUACGUCUCCAUUUUUGACAAAAAUGAGCAACCCGGUGUUCAUCGAUAUUGCUGUUCCAGAUCAGACUCUGGAGUUGCGGUCAUACCUGAAGUCACUUGGGGCAGAAAUUUCAGAAGAAAAUGCAGAGAGUGGGCUACUGACAGACUUGAAGAAUAUCAUAGAAGCCAGCAGCAUCUGCUGGAAAGAGCUAAACAGUGAAAGCGAUAUUGAAAUGGUUUUCAAUGGAAUCAUCACACUUAUUCUAGUGGUGGCAGAGUCAGAAGCUGAGAGUGUUGUUACACUGUUCUGUGAAAAAGUUGGCAAGGCUCCUCAUGGCGAUAAACGGGGUGUCAGCCGAUUAAAAAUGUUGAAUAAUCUGUUUUAUGGGUUAGAUGAAUCAUCACGGUUAAGAGCAGUGGUGCUGACGAGCAUGGUGCGCUUGGCUGGCCAAACAGACCUUUUGUCUAUGGUACCAACAGAUGUUGAACGGAUUCGGAAAUGGACAGCCAAAUGGGAAUUAAGCACAGUCAAACUGCAAAACCUGUAUCGCACAUUGUAUGAUGCUCUGGUUGAACUUAAGGCCGGGGAGCAAGCAACAAAGGUGAUGAUAGAAUUGCUAGGGACAUACACAGAAGACAAUGCUUCACAGGCUCGUGAUGAUGCACACAAAUGUAUCGUUACUUGUCUUGCUGAUCCCAAUACGCUCCUCAUGGAUCAUCUGCUGACACUGAAGCCAGUCAAAUUCCUGGAAGGUGAAUUGAUACAUGAUCUGUUAACAAUAUUUGUGUCUGGCAAACUCUCUCAGUACCAGCAGUUCUACAAAAACAACACAGAUUUCAUCCAGUCUCUUGGUCUAAACCAUGAAAACAACAUGAAGAAGAUGAGACUGCUAACGUUCCUGCAAAUGGCUGAGACCCGAAAAGAAAUGGACUUUGCUCACAUUCAGGAGGAGCUGCUGUUGGGACCACAAGCUGUGGAGGAAUUUGUCAUUGAUGCUCUCAAAACAAAAGCAGUGAGUGCCAGAAUUGAUCAGAUGCAGAAGAAAGUGAUGGUUCGAUCCACGACUCAUCGCACAUUUGGGAAGCACCAUUGGCAACUGAUCUCUCAGCACCUUGCUGAUUGGGAGGCAAAUCUCGGCAGCGUAGAGAGCAAUCUACGGUCCCUUGCAACCAUCCAGCAACAGCAACAACAGCAGCUGGUGCAACAACCUGCACAGUAGCUGAAGUGACAUUCCGUUUUAAGAAACUUUCUAGAAGACUGGGAGGUCAGGUAGUGGUGGUUAAAGGUUAGAGAGAAAAUACUUGCUCGUAAAAGUUGAGAUCUGUUUCUGGCAUUAAAGAUAAACAACUGAAAGUGUUUUGUUCCUAAAUAUUGCAUUUGGGAAUGUUUUAAAUGGUUUUACUCACUGUCAGGUAUAUCUUAGGGAUUGUUGCAGUCAGUAAUUUAUUAUGACAUAACACAUGGUAUGGUGCAAGACAAACAGGCAACAUUUGAUCCUACGGAUCAAUAGACAUCUGGUUCACAUAUCUUGCAUUUAGUGCAGGACUCAUCUGGAGCUUUGCUGUGCUGCAGAACACAUGAACUCUCUGUAUUUGAGUUAAAAAAUUAUGCUAUAUGGCUGUGUAUUGUAAGGAAUUUGUGAGGCUAAGAAUUUAGGUGAAUAAAUUCUAAAUCUGUU